AUGGUUAGUUCAUCGGCACCGUCCUUAAAAAGCGAGUACAGUUUGAGUGAGGGGAUGAAAGAGAAGCCUGUCAUGAACGUAGACGAUGGGUACCUGCUCCUAUACCACCAUUACGCGCUAUCGAACGAAUACUACGCACACGAGCGGGAGCGAGUUCAGCACAGUUUGAUUAUUCUCUUCAUGAUAGGCACCUCUGCAAGGCCGUCGACGCUCGUCGAAGGGGGCGGCUACUACAACACAAACGAAUGCCUUAAGUACAACGAUAUUGAGAUAUUCAAGGUUAGAGAUCCAAACCUCCCCUCUCAACAAGUCUUUCUUAUGAGAGUCCGGCUUCGGCUUCUCAAGGGCAAAAGAGACAAGGGCCUGCCGAUCAAGGUGGUGUUUUGUGAGCGAGACGAUAAUCUUGCUUUUUGCGCCAUUCUGCAAGUUUUCGGGCUCGCCUUCGCAGAUGACGCCUUCGACAGUGACUGGAUCAAGCAGCCAAAGGACUUGUAUACAUUUUCGGUCCCACCUCACCUGCAAAGUGUGCAGCUACAUUGGAAAGAGUCAAUGCAGGACAUUCCGAUUUUCCGGCGAUCUGUUUUUCGCGGCGGGCAGGCGACCAUAUCACCGAAUAGAUCGGUUCAGUACAUGAAUCUCUAUUACCAGAACGCGCGACUAGGUAAAUCUGCUGGUUUUGCAGAUCCUCUCGGGCUAUACAGCUAUCGUAGAGGCGCUGGUGAAGCGAUUGAUUGCGUAGCUGGUUCAGAUAUGCGGAGCUUUAUGAUGGGCCAUGCUCGUGCAAGUCUCUUUGAGCGCUAUUAUCGUAAUAGCGUUGUCCAGCUCGAUUCGGUAUCCACGUUCCUCGAAGUGCCUUCCAGCGACGCGCUGAUCAAACUGGCUGGGCAUAUGAGCUUGACCCGGGAUCUCUCUGCGGCCGAUUCCAUCAACGUCGAGGAUUCUGCGGUUGACAGCGACCCUAGUAUCCAAGAAAUCGAAAAGACGUGCCUCCGGUUUCGGAAAGACCUCAUUGAAACUUUUGGGAAGAUCAAGAACGGAACGGGCACGGAGCUCUACGAUACGUACCGGCGCGAGCGAAGCCAUUUACGCAGCGAGAGGAUUAAGGUAAAACGGGCGCUCGAGGAAGAAGCCCGGCAACAGUAUUUCCGGACCGCCGGGACUAGGUAUAUCGAUGAACAGCGACGCGGCAUCGCUCGUGAAUAUGUCGAACCGAAACCUAUAUUCCAAUUCGAGGAACAGGAGAGGCUGGCAGCGCUCCUCUUCCAGAAUCGAGAUGUUCGGCAAGUAUCUGAGGAAGAGAUUUACGGGGUAGCGCAUUGCAGCGAUGGAUAA